AUGGGGGAGGUGGAGAGUCUACUGGAGUUCAUGAGCCGCAGUCUGGAGAGGGCCACAGACCAGGAAGUCCUGAGUCUGGAGAAACAGAUGUCAGAUCAGGUGGAGAGGGUCACCCAGCUCUAUGGCAACCCAGUAGGGAAGUUCCCCUACCAGAGCUGCCACAGCUGGUGGUUAGCUGUGGGGCAGAGGUUGAGCAGGUUAUUCAAACUAAGAUAUCUGUCGCUGAGAAAGGAAGUAAGUGACCAUGGCACAUCAAUAGUGAAUGUUAUUGAACUACUUUUUCCCUUCAUCUUCCUCUCCACUUCACUACCACACAUUGUCUAUCUCUACCACUGCAGGAAGAAGUAA